CCGGUGGAUUUCACCGCUUCGGCCCGGCGCAAGAAUGCAACUCGGGAGACGACGAGCACCCUGAAGACGUGGCUGUACGAGCACCGCAAGAAUCCGUACCCCACCAAGGGCGAGAAGAUCAUGCUGGCCAUCAUCACCAAGAUGACCCUCACCCAGGUCUCCACCUGGUUCGCCAACGCGCGGCGGCGGCUCAAGAAGGAGAACAAAAUGACCUGGUCUCCCAAGAACAAAGCGGGGGAAGAGAGGAAGGAGGACGGCACGCGGCACGACGGGGAGUACGGCGCGGGGAACGACGGCCGAGGUAGGCUGAAGGAGAGCCCCGGGGUGCAGCACGCCGCCUUCCCGCACCACCACCCCGCUUUCUACCCCUACGGGCAGUACCAGUUCGGGGAUCCGUCGCGGCCCAAGAACGCCACCCGCGAGAGCACCAGCACGCUCAAGGCCUGGCUCAACGAGCACCGCAAGAAUCCGUACCCCACCAAGGGCGAGAAGAUCAUGCUGGCCAUCAUCACCAAGAUGACCCUCACCCAGGUCUCCACCUGGUUCGCCAACGCGCGGCGGCGGCUCAAAAAGGAGAACAAGAUGACCUGGGCCCCCCGCAGCAGGACGGACGAGGAGGGCAACUCCUACGGCAGCGACCACGAGGGGGAAGAGGACAAGAGGGAGGACGAGGAGGAGAUCGACCUGGAGAACAUCGACACCGAGAACAUCGAGAGCGCCAAGGACGAGCUGGAGGACGAGCUGCAGGACGCGGACCUGCUGCACUCCGACUCCAAGACGGACUCGGAGGGCUCCGAGGGCUUCGAGGACCUGCCCGGCUCCGAGGAGCGCUACCUCGGCCCGGCCGCCGCACACCCGUACGCGGCGCCGCUCGGCUCCUACCCCUACGGGGAUCCCGCGUACCGCAAGAACGCGACGCGGGACGCCACGGCCACGCUCAAGGCCUGGCUCAACGAGCACCGCAAGAACCCGUACCCCACCAAGGGCGAGAAGAUCAUGCUGGCCAUCAUCACCAAGAUGACCCUCACCCAGGUCUCCACCUGGUUCGCCAACGCGCGGCGGCGGCUCAAGAAGGAGAACAAGAUGACCUGGACCCCGCGGAACCGCAGCGAGGACGAGGAGGAGGAGGAGAACAUCGACCUGGAAAAGAACGACGAGGACGAGCCGCAGAAGGCCGCCACAAGAGCAGCUGCUCCGAGGCGCUCCGCGCGUCCGGCAGGGAAAGCGGCGGCCGGCUGCGUCCGCGCGUCCCGAAAGGGAGCGGCGGAAAGCAAAGGCGCGGCUCCGGCACCGCGGCGCUUCGACCCCGCGCUCGGCGCCGCCCGGGACAGAAAGUCGAGCGGCCGAGGAACCGCGAUAACAAACAGCCGGCAAACAACGCGGGCAGGGCGGGACGCAGCCCGUGCUCGGGGCGCACCUCCCGCAAAGCAGGCUUCGUAA